AUGGCUAGCGGCAGCAACAGCAGCGGCAGCAUCGCUGCCACCGCCGGUGGUGGCGGUGGCGGCAGCUGGCUGGGGUUCUCGCUGUCGCCGCACAUGGCGGCGGCGACGCCCUGCGCCGGCGUCGAUGAUGUCGGCCACCACCACGUGCACCAGCAUCAUCAUCAUCAUCAGCAGCAGCAGCAUGGAGGAGGAGGGCUGUUCUACAGUCCUGCUGCGGUGGCCUCCUCGUUCUACUACGGCGGCCUCGGCGCCGGGCACGACGGCGUGGUAACCUCGGCGGCGGCCGCCAGUGGCGGGUACUACGCCGCCGGGUUCUCCUCCAUGCCGCUCAAGCCUGAUGGCUCGCUCUGCGUCAUGGAGGCGCUCCCGGGAAGCGACCAAGAACAGCACGGGGUGGUGGUGUCGGCGUCGCCCAAGCUCGAGGAUUUCCUAGGCGCGGGCCCCGCCAUGGCGCUCAGCCUCGACAACUCCGGCUUCUACUACGGCGGGAACGGUCAUCCCCACGGGCACGGGCACGGGCACGGCCAGGACGGCGGCACCGUCGGUGGCGACCCGCACCACGGCAGCGGCGGCGGAGGCUUCCUCCAGUGCGCGUUGAUCCCCGGCGCCUCCGGCGGCCACGACGCGGCGUACGCCCACGCGGCGCUGGUGCACGAGCAGUCCGCCGCGGCAAUCGCUGCCGGCUGGGGGAUGCACGCCGGCGGCCCCAUUAUGGGCGGAGGCUACGACGCCGACGACGGCGGCGGCGGCGGCAUCAUGCCCGUGCACCCCCUCACCCUGUCCAUGAGCUCGGCCGGGUCCCAGUCCAGCUGCGUGACCGUUCAGGCCGCCGCCGGCGCGCCCCACGGCGGCGAGGCGUACAUGUCUGUGGACGCCGUGAGCAAGAAGCGCGGCACGGACCGCGGCGGGCAGAAGCAGCCGGUGCACCGCAAGUCCAUCGACACGUUCGGGCAGAGGACGUCGCAGUACAGGGGCGUCACCAGCAGGCAUAGGUGGACGGGGAGGUAUGAGGCGCACCUCUGGGACAACAGCUGCAAGAAGGAAGGCCAGACCAGGAAAGGACGCCAAGUGUAUCUUGGUGGAUAUGACAUGGAGGAGAAGGCUGCGAGGGCGUAUGACCUGGCGGCGCUCAAAUACUGGGGGCCUUCCACGCACAUCAACUUCCCGUUGGAGGACUACCAGGAGGAGCUGGAGGAGAUGAAGAACAUGUCGAGGCAGGAGUACGUGGCUCACCUCAGAAGGAAAAGCAGUGGCUUCUCGCGUGGGGCUUCGAUCUACCGUGGAGUCACCAGGCAUCACCAGCACGGGCGGUGGCAGGCGCGAAUCGGCCGCGUCUCAGGCAACAAGGACCUCUACUUGGGAACAUUCAGCACGCAGGAGGAGGCGGCGGAGGCGUACGACGUGGCGGCGAUCAAGUUCCGGGGGCUCAACGCCGUGACGAACUUCGACAUCACGAGGUACGACGUGGACAAGAUCAUGGAGAGCAACACGCUCCUCCCGGGGGAGCUGGCGCGGCGCAAGGGUAAGGAGGAGGGCGGCGGCAGCGGCGCGGCGGCCAGCGCGAUCGCGGAGAGCGCGGCGGUCGCCGACGCCGCGGCCGCCUUGGUGCAGGCCGGGAACGCGGCGGAGUGGAAGAUGGCAGCGGUGCCCGCCGCCGUGAGAACGGACGAGCGGCAGCACGGUGGCAGCCACCACCACCACGACCUCCUGUCGAACGAGGCCUUCUCUGUGCUGCACGACAUCGUGUCCGUGAGCGCGGACAGCGCACGCGGCGCCGGCUCCAACGCCAACACCAGCGCGGCGCACAUGUCGAACGCGUCGUCGACGAGCCUGAACAACUCCGGCGAGCACAGCCCGGACAGGGUGACCAUGGGCAUCGGCGGCGGCGCCCUCGCCAUGCUGUUCGCGAAGCCGGCGGCGCCGAAGCUGAUCAGCCCGCUGCCGCUCAAUUCCUGGGCCUCGCCCACGCCGCCGGCGCCGGCGAGGCCCGGCGUGUCCAUCGCGCACCUGCCAAUGUUCACCGCGUGGACCGACGCAUGA